AGCUCAUCAGAGUAAUAGCUAAUCAAGAGCAGCACCGGCCACCUCACACGGUGGUGUUGGCUGAUCGAUCGAUGGCUGUGAGAGGGAUGCUGCUGGUCGCCGUCGUGUCGGCGCUGCUCCUGCACGCCGCCUGCGUCGCCGAGGCGCAGACCCUCAGGCUCGCGUACUACAACCAGACGUGCCCGUCCGCCGAGGCCAUCGUGUUCGACGAGGUCCAGAAGGCGUACAAAGUCGACAACCGCACGGCAGCUGCCCUGCUCCGGCUGCACUUCCACGACUGCUUCGUCAAUGGCUGCGACGCGUCGGUGCUGCUGGAGUCCGGCGACAACCAGGCGGAGAAGAACGCGGACCCGAACAAGAGCCUCCGGGGGUACGACGUCAUCGACAAGGCCAAGGCGAGGCUCGAGCUCGCCUGCAAGCAGACGGUCUCCUGCGCCGACAUCCUCGCCUACGCCGCCAGGGACAGCGUCAGGGUUGCGACCGGCUGGUUCAACUACAAGGUCCCCGGCGGCAGGCCGGACGGCACCGUGUCGAAGUUGAGCAUGGCCCUCGCCAACCUCCCUCCUCACAACCAGCGGAACGUGACGCUGCUCGCCAAGUCCUUCACCGUCAAGGGCUUGUCCGUGGACGACCUCGUCGUCCUCUCUGGCGCGCACACGCUCGGGAUGUCGCGGUGCGGCACGUUCCAGUACCGGCUGGCGAACAACAAUGACAAGGGCAUGAACGCGACGUUCCGGGACGACCUGAGGCGUCGGUGCAACUACAACGCGGCCAACGUGGCGCCCCUCGACGCCGGCAGCCAGUACGGGUUCGACACCAGCUACUACGCCAACGUGCUGGCCAACAAGACCUUGCUCGAGUCCGACGCCGCGCUCAACUCGCCCUCCACCGUGAACAGGGUGAGGCAGCUCAAGAACGACCCCUCCACCUUCAUGCGCAGCUUCGAGCUGUCCAUGGGAAAGAUGGGGGCCCUCCGCGGCAGCAGCCAGGGCAAGGUCCGCGACAACUGCAGGAGGGUCAGGAUGUGAUCCAUGGGUCAAAUGCAAGACGUGCGCGGCUCGAUAUAUUGACGAUUAUUGAAUUCAUUGUUUCGUGAUCCUGUCUUUCAUCUGUUUCAUUUGCAUUCAAAUGUUACAUCACCGCUUUUGAGAUUCGGGAUAUUGUGGUUUUUCUUUUGAUGCGAGGACAUGUAAUUGAAUCGAGAAUUAGUGUUUA